UUAAGACAAUGGUGGGCCGACUUCACAGAGGAUAAAGCCCCCCUUCAUCUUCUUCCUCGACUUAUAUUCCCUUUUCUGUCAAAACCCUUAUCUACCAAUACUAAUCGGAUCCGGCACUCUGAUUUUGCUCAAGGGAUGUGGAUCUACAACUCCUCUGAUGAUCAUCGAACCAACAACUUUCCCAUCGUGAAGGACCAGGAAGAUCACGAUUCAAGCAGUUCUUCCUCUAUUGGCAACAACAGUGACGCCUCUGGCGGUGCCGCCGGAGAUUCUGACGACGACGGCGGCGGCGAGGUUCAGAGCUUGUUUAAAGGUCCCUUGAAUACUUUAUGUGCUUUGGAAGAUGCUUUGCCGGUCAAGAGAGGUAUAUCAACAUUCUAUGCUGGGAAAUCAAAGUCAUAUACAAGCUUAGCUGAUGCAGUUUCUGUUCCAUCAAUUCAAGACAUUGUUAAACCUGAGGAUGCUUACAACCGAAAACGCAAAAACAUGCUUGCUCAUAGUGUUUUAUUGGACAAGAAUCGCAAUUUUACUUCUAAGACUGGGAUAUCAAAACGGUUUGCAAAUUCUAAUAGGGAUUCGUUGGCUCUUGGUUUAAACAAGCACGGUAGCACCUCAGGUGGCGAAACCUCCAUGUUAAGCUCAGCCCCUGGUCAUUCCUUGCCACCUUUGCCUGCACGCUCUAGAAGAUUACCUACUAACGAAUCCACAGAUUCAUCUCCUAGGAUUUAUUGUUCCACAUGGCGAUCUUUCUCUCUUUCGGACUUGCAACACGCUGCUGGUGCAACUUCGAGCAUAACAGGCUCAUUCAGUAACAAAAGAGUUGAAGAAGAGGAUGAUUAGAUGUAGCCUGUGGUGUUAAGUGCUGGUUACUUGCAUAGCUUUGGAAAGGUAACUUUGGAAGGUGUUAGGUCUGUAGCUGGUUUCGUUUUCCCGUUUCUUGGUUCUGCCCGUUGUAACUACUUUUCCUUGUCGGCAGUUACCGGAAUUCUGUGGAUGUUCCAGUUCUUGUAGUUCUUCCUUGUACCCCUAUGCUUGUUAUGUAUAAUGAAGAAAUGUCCCCUUUUUAUAAGCCAAAGUUCCAUAAAGAUUGUGGC